CCAACGAAUAUUGAAAAGACGAAUAAAGCAGAGAAACAGGUCAGUUCUUUCAUUUUAUUAUAUCUAGCUUUGUACUGAAUUAUAUCUAAAUGAAUUAUGUACAUAGCCAUGAUGUGAGUGAUAACUAAUAUAGAAUUAUGUAUAUAGACAUAAUGUGAGUAUUAAAUAAUAAUAAAUAAUAAAACAGAAACAUUAGAAUCUCCACUCUUUUUCAGGAGAAGGUAACGCUGACUGCCUCUCCCGCAGUUCCUGAGUGCUUGGGAAAUCCAAACUCCAGAACCCUAAAAUGCACACAUGUAGUUUCAACAUGAAUUUGUACAGAUGCCGUGCUUGUGUCGCAACCCAAAAGAAGGUCCUUCAUGCUGUGACAAAAAGAGAGACAACCAGUGAUAUCACAAAUGGAAUUUUUCUUAUUUCUUUGCCUGUAAAUUUAGGGCAACUUUCUCUCCCAGUAAAUAGUCAUCAGAGCUUCUUAUCUAUGUCUUCACUUUUACUUGGGACAUGAACAAACGCUGACUUUUCAUUUCUUGAGUUAGCUUUCGGAGAAAUUAUUUGGCCAUCAGCAUGUUAUUUCCAUAAGCAAUAUAUAACCUAAUUUUACAUUGUAAAAUCGAAACAUAUCCCCAAAAUUGAAUUAAAUAAAACAUCUUUUGUUCAUUUAUGGUUUGAGUGUGGAGAAUUGAAAUGGUCUGAGAAUCAGAGGAAACACCUCAAUUUUCCAGUCAUUGUUAACAUCUUACCGUUCAAUCAUAUUAUUCAUUCGUUCAUUCUUCUCCGAUAGUUCCUCGCAUCUUUUUUUAUAAUAAUUUAAAUCCAUUGCAGAAACUCUAAUUUUCCCAAAUGAAUACCAGGCGUUGUCGUUGGUCUUUAUUUCUGUUGUGCGAGUGAUCACGAAAACAAACAGUGUGGCAGGUCAGCCUCGAGAAUGGGGUCGUUGAACUGUAGUGAUACCAACAUCUGCGUUGUCGAAUGUGUUAUCUUACAAGUCAUAACAAGUCAUCAUGCCGGGUUUGCAAAAUUCAAAUCGGACAAAAGCCAUGUUUGCCAAGAUUGGUAUAGAGCCACCAGUCUUGAAAGAUUCUAGAAAUGAGAAAAGAAAACUAAGAGAUCGGAAUGAGAGGUUUGAUGAUGCCGCCUCCUAUACUGGAUCAGAGUUCCAAGUUCUCAACCCAGACUUCGCUGCAGCUGCAAUCGCGACUUCAGCUCAGAGAAAGUGCGAGUCUUGGCUUCAGAAUAAACCCUAUAAAGAUUCGUCUUUGGAUUCAGUGACACCCCCCCAAAAAGAAAGUAAAGCUUGUGGAUUACCCUUCAUCUCCCUCCACAACAGUUUUAAGCACAACGGCUGCUCAUGACAAAGAGAAUGUACCGUCUUCACCUAAGAAAGAUAGUGAGAAUUUAUUUUCAUCUAUUGAUAGCAGUGCAAAUCCAAUCAAUGUCCCACAGACUAAGAAAACAUUAGGUGUCCCCAUCAGAAUCUCAUCACAAUUAAGAAACUCAGUUGUCAACAAUAAAGACUCCAACUUUAAAUCAGUGGGUGUUGUUCCCUGCAAACCUACAGCAUUUAAAGGUCCAAACUCUACCAAAUACAUUAAAACUCCAGAAAAGAAAUUAAUGAUGUUAGUAAAGUUCUAUCAAGUAAACCAAAUGAGGCCAAUAGCUGCACUUCAAAAACUUCUUCGGAUAAAUUGAGUCCUGCUACCAAAAUUAACAACUUGUCUACACAGUCAGCUGAAUGUUCAAGAGAUGACUGUGGUGAAGGGGAAAACAGUCACUCUGCUACUGAAAAUGAUGAAUCUACCACAUCAAGGAGAACUCUAGGCUAUACCAGGCCACUGGCCAACAAAUGUUUCUCAAAGACUACAAGUCC